CGACAGUAUUCAGGAUGAAAACCGGGAUCGUGCUUCUAUUGAUUGGGGCUUUGGCCGUCGCUAGUGCCGAAUGGAUCGAUAUCGAUUGGUCCCAGGUGAAACCGAUCGAAGAGUUUGAUCAUUACUGGACCCGCAUACCGAAGGAGUGGCAGUUCCUGCGCAAGCUGACCCCAAAUCGUCGUGUCACCAAUGGACAAGAAGCCACCCCUGGACAGUUCCCGUACCAAAUUGCGCUGCUCAGUACCUUUUCCGCGGGUACCGGUCUUUGCGGAGGCAGCGUCCUGACAAACAACUUCAUCCUGACUGCUGCCCAUUGCGUUCAGAAUGCUCUAGGAGGAACUGCCAUCAUGGGAGCUCAUAACAGAAUCAAUACGGAGGACACUCAGCAGAGAAUUGCUUUCAGUGCCUCUGGUAUUACGAUCCAUCCUGGAUAUACCUCGACCAACAUCCGAAACGAUAUUGCAGUUGUCCGUUUGGAUAGCGCCAUCGUGUUCAAUGACCGUGUCCAACCGGCACGAAUUCCCGCUUCUGGAGACAGUCGUACAUUCGCUGGUGAAACCGGAACUGUAUCCGGAUUCGGUCGCACCACGGAUGCCAGCCAGGCUACUUCGGCUGUGGUUAUGUUCACUUCUAAUCCAAUCAUGACCGAGGCCGACUGUCUGUCCAGCUGGGGAGGCAAUGCCGCCAUUAUUCAGGCCCAGAACAUUUGCCUCUCCGGAGAAGGUGGCCGUUCUUCGUGCAACGGUGAUUCCGGUGGCCCGUUGACCGUUGCCGAAGGUGGUUCGCUGCAGGUCGGAAUCGUAUCGUUCGGAUCUGCCGCCGGAUGCUCGAUCGGAAUGCCCUCGGUGUACGUCCGUGUUACCUUCUUCCGUGAUUGGAUCGUGGAUAACUCAGAUUUCUCGUAAGAAUGCUGCAUUCGAAUCUUAAGGCAGUUUGGCUCCGACUUGUCUGUGUACUGUUGAGAGUUAAGAACAAUAAAGUAAUAAAACUUGAACAUUCGUUAGAAA